AUGUCCUCCUUCGACUCUCCCCGGGGCAGUGUUGAUUGGCACCAGAUGCUGCUGUUACCAAACUCAAGAACACCAGGUUCACGAAGCCCUUCUCCCGAACCGCAAGCGUUUUUGCCAAAGGGUCUGAAGUUUUGGUCCAAGGACAGGCUUCCGGAUCUCUGCGAAUACUGCUCAAAGAUCGACUUCGAUCAGUUUGCUUCGACAACAGUUUUACCCAAAGACGGGUCUGUUAAGCCGAAGACUACGACGACGUUCCUAUCUCUCUUCGACAUCAUCAAGAACUCACGCGACAAAAACAAACGCGAUAAGAACCAGCGCGAUAAGAACCAGUGCGACAAGAACGAACGCGAUACAGAUUGCAAGUUUUGUACCUUUCUUUUCGAUGCCAUCUCACUUCCACGCCACGAUCCAUUCGAACAUCCCGCCAUAAAAGACCACAUGCCUGACAAGUUCAAAGGGAAAACCUUUGAGACAUGGGCGAGUGAGAUCAAGUGGCAUGACAGGUUAUUGAAAGUUCCUCAUCCCUUUGGACAGGGUCGCAACAAGAUCAAGUUCGUACAAGACGAAUCGAAUCCAGGAGAGAUAAUAGAAAUCCGCGAUACGACCUUGGAAACCGCUCAGGACAUUGGUGUCAUUGCCAGCGUUCAAGGUACUGGCGUAGCUAUCCAAGCCGGGACCCAGGACAUGAGUAAGGAGCAACAAGCCGCUAUCUUGGCUAUGGGCGGGUCGUUCCUCACCUCAAUUCUCUCAGGAAUGGACCAUAAGUUGCCCGUUGUUGCUACCAUACAUAUGCACAACGUCACCGACGCGGAUGCGGGCCUUCUCAAGGUUACAGUUAGUGGGUAUGGAAGCAAAGUACAGGCGCCAUUGUCGACCCUCAGCUCAUUCAAUCUCCGAGUUGCGUCGAGCUACAGGAAGCCGGACGACGGAAAAGAUCUUCGAUAUGGAAGGAUCAUGAAUGAACUCGUCAACGUUGAGGAAGACUGCCUUUACUGGGUCAGUCACUGUCUUCAACAUCACGGAGUGCUCUGUGCAGAGCCAGAUUGGUCUUCCAAACUUCCUCUACCUUCAGGCGAUCAUUUUCGCCUGAUUGAUGUCGAAAACGGAAGGGUGGUCCGGUUUCCGAUGAACGGCCAACAGAAACUAUUGCCAGAGUAUGUGGCUCUCUCUUACGUAUGGGGUGCCACGGGAAAGGCAGCCCUAAAUCUCCGCCGAGACAAUGUUUCGCAGCUCGAAAGGAGAAUUGAUGAUCUACAACCAAUCCAUGGACAGCAACAAUCUGGUGGCCAGGAGCUGCCUCAUGGCCGACAAAAAAAGCUGGCACGGACAAUAUCCGACGGUAUCGAGGUCGCUCGACGGUUGAAUAUUCAGUACGUCUGGGCAGACUCCAUCUGCGUCAUCCAGAAGGACCGACCCGACGACGAAGAACCAGCACAAGAUGAGCAGCUCAAGCAAAUGCACAGAAUCUUCGGUCAUGCUGCCGUAGUUAUUGUCGCGUCGAGCGGCAAAGACUCAGAGGCUGGUUUGGCGGGUAUAACCACGCCGCGCGAUCCUGGGCAGAUGGCUAGAGAGGUCAGACCGAAGGUCAACGUUUUGCUCCCUGCCGAAUACGACGAGUCCUAUGGCAAGUGGGACACCCGGGCUUGGACAUUGCAAGAAAAGCUGCUGUCGAAGAGAAUGCUUGUCUUCGGCACAAAUCACGUCAGCUUUCACUGCAGACACGGCAUCUUGCGUGAAGAUAUGCCGGCAACACAUGCCGGGAACGGGCCCCCUCCGAUUCCCUCACUGUCUAUGCCCCCAAAAGACGACGAGCCCCUAGUCGACCAAGCCUGGAACGGGGCUCCAGUCCUGCUACGAUCUCCAUUCUUCAACGAGUAUGCCAAGCUUCUGGAACUAUACACCAGUCGGGAUUUGUCCAACCCCGGUGAUACCCUCAAAGGGAUGAUGGGGCUUUUGAGAGUGUUGGAAAACAUGAGAAACUUGGGUACUCAACGUGGGCUUCUCGGCGAUACAAAAGGAGAUCACACUCUCUAUGGGCUUCCCGAGGAGUUUCUCGACCUUGCGCUGCUUUGGCAGCCUCCAGCAGUCAAGGGGACGUAUUUGACCAAAAGAGGGAACAACGACCAGCCGAGCUGGUCCUGGGCAGGUUGGGAGGUCAGCAAAGAUCCUACUCAUGAUGAGGACUCCAGAAAGAACUACAAAGUCCACCCUGGGGUGCGGUUCGAAGAGCCUUUCUGGGUCUCUGGGAAUGACGACAUGACUCUCAGAAAAUUCGUGGCGACAGGCAACAAGGCUGAGGAGCGUUUCAAGCCCUUCAUAAUGUGGUACAAGUGGCGCAAAAACCCAGAGGCUUCCAGUCCCACACGAAGUCACUCAGGGAAACCAACUCCCCGCCCGAAGCCAACACAUUUGACAUCAGCAUGCCAGACCACGGCAAUCGUCCCGCCCAAGACGAGCUCCAACCCCGCGAAGAACGCCACGCCCAGGGGUCAGCUCAAACCCGUGAACGGCCACGGAUUAGGCAUUCUCUGUGGCUCGUUUGAGGCGGAGGUUCGAUACCUAGAAAAAGCCCUUGAGUUUCGCAAGAUCCGCAAAACCGACAACCCAGGACCUCCAUUCGUGCGGUCUGAUAUCCCGAUCAACGACCGCCAUCUUGUUUGCGAGACAGAGGUGGCGAGAUUUGCGUUGCGUCAAGCAACGAAAAAGAGGAUGGAGCCCCUCUGGAAGGUUGUUGAUGGGGUGGCGGAAGUCGAGAAGGAAUUGGAGAUUAUAGAGGCUGAGAUCCUCGACGACUCUAGAAACGUUGUCGGCCACAUCAUCCCCACCGACCAGCGGAAAACGAUAUCCACCUAUCUGUAUGACUGUGUUCUUCUUUCCGAAUCUCAGUACUGGGGCAACGAGAAGAGAAUUGAUGUAGCAGGCUUUCCAUUGUACAACGUGAUGGUUGUAGAAUGGGAUGACAGGCAGGAGUUUGCUACAAGGGUUGGUUUGGGUAAGAUACGCAAGGAAGCUUGGAAAAAGGGACGUUUAGGAAGGAGGUGCGUAAUACUUAAAUAA